CUCUCAUCCCUAAAAGUUCAUAUAUUCCAAACUCUCCCCCAAAAUUGAAAAACCGUUUAUUUCGAUGCAAAUGAAAACCAAGUGUUCCAUCUUGCUCCAAUUAUUCCUAGGACUGGCUCUUCUAUUGGGCCUGGCUAAACCCGAUCCGGAUCCGCUUCAAGAUUACUGUAUUGCAGAUAACAAAAGCCCACAAUAUUUCUUCACCAAUGGUGCACCCUGCAUUAACCCAGAUAAAGCAGAAUCUUCCCACUUUGCCACAUCUGUUCUAUCCAAGCCUGGUAAUACCGGCAGCAACAAAUUCGGCUUUAAUGUCACGCUGACCAAUACUGUUAAUUUGCCUGGGCUCAACACCCAGGGCUUGACCCUGGCCCGAAUCGACGUAGCAGUCGAUGGUAUUGUCGUGCCGCACUCACAUCCGCGGGCUUCGGAAGUAACCAUUUGCCUAGAGGGCUUACUUCAUGUGGGCUUUGUGGACACUUCCAACCGUCUAUAUACGCGAACAUUACGGGCCGGUGAUGCAUUCGUGUUUCCGAAAGGUUUGAUCCACUAUCUCUACAACGGAAGCCCAACAACUCGAGCGGUGGCUGUGUCCGGGCUUAAUAGCCAGAAUCCUGGUGCCCAACUAACGUCAUUUGCCACAUUCACAUCAAUACCUGAAAUUCCUGAUGAGGUGUUGAAGAAGGCGUUUCAAAUCAGCAAACCAGAUGUCACCAAAAUUCGCAGAAACCUUGGAGGUUGAUUGUGCUUGCAUUUGCAAUAAGGUGGCUACUCAAAGAACCAUCCUUUACUUGUUCUUGGAAUUUCAUGUUUCCGUGUGCUUUGGAGUCAUUGGUAACCCAUUUUUUCGGUGUAAAGUGUGCUACCCAAAUGCCUCAUUGUGAUCCUAUAGUUCUAAAAUUAAACCAUUAUUUCCAAAUGGAAUGACUGCUUUGGGUUGGAUA